AUGGCCAAACACUUCGCCCGCACCGCGACGACGCAGCGGUCGCAUCAGGAGCUCAAGGUCGACAAGCUCGUCAUCAACAUCUCCGUCGGAGAGUCCGGUGACAGGCUUACUCGUGCCACCAAGGUCCUCGAGCAGCUGACGGGUCAGACGCCCGUCACCUCCAAGGCCCGCUACACGCUCCGUGGCUUCGGUAUCCGCCGUAACGAGAAGAUCGCCUGCCACGUCACCAUCCGCGGCCCCAAGGCCGAGGAGAUCAUCGAGCGCGGCCUCAAGGUCAAGGAGUACGAGCUGCGCCGCGGCAACUUCUCCGACACGGGCAACUUUGGCUUCGGCAUCAACGAGCACAUUGACCUCGGCAUCAACCUGGUCGGCACCUUGCCGCUCGGGUGA